AUCCCCACGAGCGGCGCAAAGGACAUGGCAAGGGAUGAUUUCAAGAGCAGUUGCAUAGGUCAGGCUCUCAGCAACAGACGGUGAUUGCAUUGGGGCAAGGUUAGCAUCGUUUUCUCGAAGUUAUCGAGUGGCAAUGGUCGUGGCAUUUAGCGUUGGUCGGUUUGUCUCUUGCUAUUUCCAUCUGCGUCUCCCUAUUUUAUUUGAAGCAUUUCGUUUUGCAUUACUGACUCGAUUUUUUCGCGAGGCCAAUAAUAAAGCGCCCCCCAAUAUGAGCGGCAAUUCUACGUCCCUUUUCCUUCCUUUUCUAGUUUGCGCGACACAUAUUCUUCAGCAUUUCAGCCAGCACGAUGCAUGCGAACACGGGAGAUACAGAAGCGAAUGGACCCAGAUUGUUUUUCCUCCUUCCUCAACUACAACACAAGAAUGGCGCAUUACAGCAUCGUCGUACUUUUCCCCUUUUGCGCGUUGCGAACUUUGCCUCAGCCGUCGUGGCUAUGAUUGUACAGUAAUUCGUGUCCUCUUCUUCAUUUCCUCGCUAUCACUAUUACUACGUUUAUUUAAUACAUCAGAUUGCAUUCAUGCUCCCAGCGUCAAGACCUCUACUCCCAGCGUGUUGUUUUUCGGCGACUUAGGUGACUCGCUAUACUCAGGAUGCAUGAACCAUGCAUGACUCGAGCAUUACUCGCGUUACUACCCACAGACAUGCGGCGGUGUACACACAGACGUUUCGACUCCAAACUAG